UCGUGUGAAAGACCGCGGACAAAAACUCUUAUGUUCAUGAUAAAAUUAUGAUUUUAUUAUAGCUCUUUUUUGUGUAAACCAUGUACAUUAGGUUUAUUGUUGUAGUAGCAAUACUCCUGGUAUUCGCUGAUGGCUUCACUGUGCACGGUCCAUCUGGUCCUCUGGUUGCUCCCCUGGGAUCUUCAGUGAUUUUGCCCUGUUAUGUUGAUAAACCUUUACCAGUGAAGGGUCUGGAGGUGCAAUGGGGAAGAACAGACUCAGAGACUCUGGUUCAUCUGUAUCAAGAUGGUGAGAGUCGAGCAGAGGUCCAGCAGCAGGAUUAUCAGGAUAGAGCUCAUUUCUUUACUGAUCAGAUUCAACAAGGAAUCUUCUCCAUCCGUCUGGACAAUCUGACUGCUGAAGAUCAGGGAAAUUACACAUGUAAAGUUUACAGUCAGCAGGAUUCUGGAGAGACUGUGGUUCAAAUAAAAGAUGUUGAGCGUCUGCUGGUAUCAGGAUCGAGUCGCUCCAUAUCUGCAUAUGAUGGUGAGGAUGUCACUCUGAACUGCUCUGUCGACUCUCACAUCAAACCUGAACACAUUGAAGAGAUUUCAUGGAGGAAAACAGAUGAAGAUGAAGAUAUUCAGGUUCUGCUUUACCAGAACAAUGAAGCUUUUCCAGAUUCAUCAGAUGAGCAAUACAGAGACCGAGUUGAGUUCUUCACUGAUGAAAUCCCCAAAGGAAACUUCUCUCUCAGACUGAAGAGUGUCAGAACUGAGGACAAAGGAGUUUACAUCUGUCAAGUGUUUGCUGGAGUACUUUCAGCCAAUACAACUGUGGUACUGGAGCAACUGGGUUUCUCUUCUUGGCACAUAACUGUGUUGGUUUUCUGUUUCGUUGCUGGAUUUGGAGCUGUACUUCUGCUCUGCUGUCUGAUAUAUUGCAGAUCAAAAAACACAGUCAACAGCAGAACAAUCUGGAAUCUUCAGCUUUCUCUGGUCUUUUGUCCAAAUGUCUGUAUGUUCUUCGCCUUCAUCCUCUGGGGUCUCACUGAAGGAUUUAUCCAUGAGACCGUCACUUGCUGCGCUCUGUUUAUUCUGAGGCCUGUCAUGUUGAUUUGGGCUUUGUCUUAUUUAAAGUAUCUCAAAGACAACAUUAAAACAUGGAUCAGGUUUUUCAGAAUAACAAGUGAAUUUACUGUUUUCACAGUCGUUGUUUAUUCAGUUCUUUUUACAUAUGUCUGGAGAAAGAGUGCACAUGAUACAGGCAUUGGACGUCGUGUAGUUUCUGGACUAUGUUUUGGAGGUGUUGUGCUGUUGUGUCUCAUCCUGAGCCGAAUGGACUUCAGAAGGCUACGCAGUCAGGAGCGGGCUUCCUCACUCAGGCAAACUCGAG